CCACGCCGCUAAAGCCAGGAACGACGAUGGACGGACCCGCUGGAAGCGAGAAGAUCAUGUACACGACGGCCGCGGGCGCCUUCUUCGGCGCCGCCAUCGGCUCCGUCGAGUCCGUCUGGGCCAUCCCCAAGCUUGGCGACAAGCUGCCCAAGCUGUCGAACCAGCUCAAGCACCUCGGCACGCGCUCGCUCGUGUUCGCUGCCGUCGGCGCCAUCUUCACGACGGGCGAGUACGUGACGGCGUCGAUUCGUCAGAAGGAGGACCCGAUCAGUGCUGGUGUCGGUGGCGCUCUGGUGGGCGUGGUGCCCGGCAUGGUGAAGCAGAGCAUGCGUGUGGGUGUUGCCUCGGGUGUCGCUGCUGGCGCCGCCAUGGCGGCUGCAUCGUACUGGCAAUCUUCCCAGGACUCGGCUUUCGACAAGUACGCCGCUGCGCGUCACGCCGACCGCUCUUAAGCUCGCGGCGGCUCAGUAGCUAUUGGCCAUCGCGACGAAAUGAAAGAAAUGAAGGACACCUCGAGUUUGGGCAGC